AUGUUCGUCGCCAAAGGUCGUGAUCGGCGAGAGCGCACCUUCAUCGGCACGCAGUGCGCCGCCUGCGAAGAGCCCCUCGAGCACACCCUCCGCGGCGAACGCAUCUUGCAACUCUCCUGCGGUCAUGUCUCCCACGAGGCGUGCUUCUACGAGUACAUCAAGGAAUUCGAGGCGCAGAACUGCCCCACCUGCAACGCGCCUCUAGGCCUCGACACCAGCCGCGGAGGCACCAUCGACUUUGUCAACCUCAACAAACUCGUCCGCUCCGCGCAGUCGCCAGACUUUAGCGAUCGACUACGAGAUCAAGCCACCACAUCCCCGCCCUGGGACCAGCCCGCCGCCGACUAUGCCUCACAGCACCACUCCAUCGCUCCCCAGCCUGCGCUUCGAGACCACCUCCUUCCCCAGCAAACGCGUGCGAACGGCGCCCCGCAUGAUCAGCAGAGCCGCGGACAUGCCAGACAGCAAAGCACCGACACGGGUAACAUCUCCGCGACCGACCAUACCGACACUUACGCUGCAUCCGGUCGACGAACAGCCUCGGAUACCGAAACAUUGGCCAGCACUCGCCGCCAACCGUCAAAGAACCCGAUUCCUUCGCCCACCGUCACCGUGCGCAGUGAAUUUCCCACUCUCACCAGGUCUCGUCAACAGCAGAGCCUCACAUGUCUGGUGACGGUCGAGGUGGUCGAUAAGACAUGGCAACCGGACCUCGACGACCUGCGAACUCCACCGCCAUUGCCGCCACUCCCCGAAGACAUCUCCGAACCCACCAAGCCCCUUCUCAACGCAGCCAUGUCGCCCACUUCUCAGCGACCGGUGGACAGUGUUCACGAAGAGCGAGGCGCGCUCGAGACCGUGAAAGAAGAGCUGAGCAAGCGAUGCGAGAACUGGCAUGGGUUGGACUUUCAGCGGUUUGGCAGGCUGAUCCUGCAUGGAACGAUGCGAGUGAGCAAAGACCAGAAGGCCUGGCAGGACCUGGAGUGCUAUCUCUUCACCGAGAUGCUCAUCUGUGUCAAAGCGCGCAAAUCAACGCCCAACGCGAGUCAGCAGUGGCAUGCGGUCGAGGAGCUGAAACCGGUGUCGAAGGUGACACUCAAGGGGUCCAUCUUGAUCAAGAAGCAUCUCAAGCAGGUUGAGCUCGUACCCGACACGGAAAUUUUGACUCUCAGCCUGUCGGUGCCAGAGCUCCCGCACUUCUACCUGCAAUUUAAUGAGCACCAACAACUGAUCUCUUGGCGACGAACACUGCUCAACAUCAACCAGCCUAUAUUGCCAAGCCCGCAGGCCGCCGAAUUCGACCACGACACGUCAACAGACGAAGACGACGACGCGGCCAAGUCCUACAGUGCAGACCAGCGAGGCACCUCCGUUGUAUCCUCAUCGUACGGAGGCCCACGAUCCGCUGUUACGGCGCCGACGGAAUACACAAAUUCGCGGAUCGGCGGGCAGGAGAUGCGACUCAGCGCUUCCACGAUCCACGUCCCAUUAGACGUUGUGGUUGUGAUACCACUUUCAUCGUCCAUGCAGGGCUUGAAGUUGAACGUCCUCCGCGAUUCCCUCCAUUUCCUGGUGUCAAACUUGGGCGAGAGGGACCGUAUGGGCCUCGUCACAUUCGGCUCCGGAUAUAGUGGAGUGCCGCUGGUGGGAAUGACUUCAAAGACAUGGUCCGGCUGGGCAUCGGUGCUGGAAUCCAUCCGGCCCGUGGGUCAGAAGAACAUUCGCGCCGACGCUGUGGACGGCGCGAAUGUGGCCAUGGACCUGCUCAUGCAACGAAAGUCGGCAAACACCCUCUCGAACAUCAUCCUGAUCAGCGACUCCGCGACAGCAGAACACGAAAGCAUUGAUUUUGUGGUGUCUCGUGCGGAAGCGGCCAAAGUCGCCAUCCACUCCUUCGGGCUCGGUCUGACCCACAAGCCGGACACGCUCGUCGAGCUGUCCACCAAGACCAAGGCCUGCUAUACAUACGUGAAGGAUUGGAUGAUGCUGCGAGAGUGCUUGGCUGGAUGCAUGGGCGCACUCCAGAGCACCUCGCAUCAAAAUGUCAAGCUGAAGCUCCGCCUGCCCGAGGGCUCGCCGGCCAAGUUUGUCAAAAUCAGCGGCGCCCUCCAGGUCACGAAGCGGGCUACGGGCCGGGAUGCAGAGGUUUCACUGGGGGAUCUGAGAUUCGGCGACAAGCGGGACAUACUAGUGCAACUUGCCAUCCUUCCCGAUGCCUCGACCCCGGAAGCAACACCCAAUGAUCCUUGGGACAACAUCAUAUCCGGUCUGGAGGCUCUCGGCGGACCCUUCGAGCAGGAAGAGGCCCGGGCGAUGUCGGUGGAGGAGCUGCCACUACUGCAAGCAGACCUCAGCUGGAAUGACCUGCUUCGCGACGUGCAGUUGACGCACCUCCCGCGCCCAUCUCUUCUCGCCAUCACCAUGCUCCCGGGACUUGGGAAGCGAAACACCCUCGGGCCGCUGGGGACUCCUCCCAUCCCACCCCAUCCAUCGAUUGUUCAGCGUAGAAUGGAGCUGCUAACCUCCGACAUGCUUUCGCGGGCCAUCACGCUCGUAACGCGAGGGUCAGCGGAGCGCGCACACCACCUCCUCGCCGAGACGCGCUCGAUUCUCAAAGGUCUCAACAAGGGCAGUCUGCCACCCCUGCCUCCUCCUCCGCCUCCGUUAUCUGCUUUACCGCCCACCCCCAAAUCAAGCAGCGACCCCAUCAAUCCGAGCACAGCCGCGAAGAUCCCGCUCCCAUCACCAGCAACGGAAAACGGCCGCCGCACUCCCUCUCCCCCUCGCUCCGACCCCAUCAGCCCCUUCGCUCCGGCCGCAGGCAUCGACAACACCACCAUGACCGCCCUCGACGCCGAGCUCGAAGCGAGCCUGGAGUGGAUCUCGCACCCUGCCGUCUUUGGCCGCGACUCGCGGAAAGCGGUGCUCCAGGCCAUCGGGGUGAUCAGCUCGCAGCGCGCGUACACUUUCCGCACGGCGGUGGAGUCGCUGUGCGCGGGCCGGAUAUCGGGGAUCAAGCGGCUGUCGGAGCGCAGUCGGGAUUGGAGGGAGACGGGCGAUGAGUUGCUUAUGGAGGAGUGA